CCUCAUAUGUCAACUUCGCCUCAGACAAAGACCUUGCGCAAUCUUCAGUGAAGUAGGCUGCUCACACCAUGUAGCUCGACAGCCAGCUGACCCUUGUCACAGUCGCGAGCUGCUCAAGACCAAACUACCGACCUCGAGUCCGAUCGAAUUCCCAACCCCGACCAAACUACCAACCACCAGGCAGGCCAACAUGAUCUCCGCCAUCCUUCUCAUCAUCAUCACCAUCUUCAUUCCUCCCCUCGGCGUCUUCUUCAUAGCCGGCUGCGGCGCCGACCUUCUCAUCAACAUCUGCCUUACUCUCUUGGGCUACUUCCCUGGGCAUAUACACGCUUUUUAUCUGGAGUACACGUACUACCACCGGAAGGAGGAAGCGGCUCGUGGUGUUUUCGACAGCCGAAAGGCCCCUGGUGUCUACAGUGAUAACGUGAAUACCGGCGGUCGAGGCUACGGAACGAUGUGAGAGAUGCGCGGGCAAGCGAGAGGUUUUUGCGUAUGAGGCAAGAGGUCGAGUGGAGUGGAGUGGAGUGAGCUGGAAGUCUUCGAGAGCGUGAACUUUGGCAAUUUGAGCGACGGAGAAUGUUUGUAUGAACGUUCUGAUACAGACUUGGUGCUGCUAAUACAUGCUUCUGCCGCGCA